AUGCCGUCGGGGGACCUCACUCUCAACGGACCCGUUAAAGGAAAACGUAACCAAAAAAGACUGCCGCGUGAAAUCCUGGGUAUCGAGGACAUGGAGAUGGAGCGACUUCGAUUAGACCUGGAACGAUUGAUCUUCGAUCAAGCUGAUCAAAACAUAACUAGGGUUAGGAGGCAAGCAAAGAUGGACCAUCAUAAAGAGGAAAUGAUGGUGAAGAAAGCACAAGUACAAAAAUCUAACGCGCCGCUAAAGAAAGAUAUCUUGCGAUUUUAUGUGGUUCACAAAAAUUUCGAUAAUUUACUACAGUCCAAAUAUCUUGGACCAUUAUACGAGUACACUAACAAAAUGAUGAAAGUGACCAUGGAAUUUCAUGGUGCACAUUACGAUUUGGAAGAUUUUUGCCAAAAGGACAGUGUUGAGACGGAAUGCGAUAACAAUCUAAAUGUGUGGAUCAAACAUGCGGACGUGUUAUUCAAAGACGGCAAAAUCAAGACGAAUCCUAAUCUUCAGCUGUCAUAUCCUGUGCUUUACCUGUUCAACAGACCGAAGGAUAUUGGAAACGUCAUUUACGGUGUAGACGUGAAAGGAGAGAAGAACGAGAUUCAAGGAGCUCGAGUACUAACCCUUCAUUGGUUUAUCCAGUAUCCAGGUUCACCGGAGAACAAUGCGGCAUACUACCAAUAUCGCGAAACCUUGAUGGGAUUCUGGCAGAAAGUGAUGGAAGAAACCGAGUUCGAGUUCAUUCCUCACAAUGACAAAGCUAUGGAUGACGAGAUGAUGAAAAUUAUCGAGACAACUGUGCCAUUUGCCGUACCGGCAACUAUUAUGCUCAUGAUCUAUGUGGUAUUUUCUAACUGGAGUAAUAACAGGCAGAAAUCGAAACCACUGGAAAUGUAUCUUGGAGUGUGGUCAGUCAUUCUGGCUCUUAUCGCAACAUUUGGAAUAUUCUUCUUCCUUGGUCUUGCAUUCAACCCCGUUACUUCAACUAUGCCAUUCUUAGUGUUGGCUGUUGGUAUUGACGAUGACUUCCUCAUGAUAGCUGCUUGGAGAGAGUUGGAUAGUAGGAUACCGUUACAUCAACGAAUGGCCCUGGUUAUGGCUGACGCCGGAGCAUCAGUCACUGUAACCUCAUUCACAAAUUUCUUCUGCUUCGGUCUGGGAUACUUCAUGUGCUCCACACCAGCUGUUGGCGAUUUCUGUUUGAUUACAGCUUGGGCAGUACUAAUUGACUAUUUAAUGCAGAUCACAUUUUUCGCUGCGGUGCUGUGCUAUUCUGGUCGCAAGGAAGAGACAGGAGGACUGGCUUCAUGUAAUCCCGAAGUUGGCACUGCGCCACCACCGGAGAAAAUCACCGAGAUAGAAAUCAACUGUCACCAUCAUGCGAAGUCAGCCAACUUACCGUAUAUGCAUAAGUUCUUCGGCGAGAAAUUUGCUCCAUUUAUUUUGCGACGUGAUGUACGUGUUAUCAGUUGGAUAGCUUUUAUUGCAUACACAUGCGUAUCAUUGUAUGGUUGCUGCAUGUUGAAGGUGGACAUCAGCCCCGUCAAAUAUAUACGAGACAAUUCUCCUAUACAGACAUUUGUAAAGUUAGCCGACAAAUACAUCUGGGCCGACAAUGUGAUGCCAAUUUUCCACGUUAUGAAUCCGCCAGAUCUCCGCGAUGCUGGAAAGAGAGCUCGUCUGAACGAACUCGUCUAUCGCUUGGAGCACACCAAUUACUCGAUAGGAAGAGUUUCCACCAAUUUCUGGAUGUGGCAAUAUCAGCAGUAUCUUAACGAUUUUCCUGAUGUUGACUAUCAGAGAGACUUCUACAACCGCAAGUAUCUUAGAGAUUUCUUCAACCAGAUGGAUUAUUCGCAGUAUCGCCAGCAAGUAAAGAUUCUCAACAACGUUACAAAUGGACAACCAUGCAUAGCUGCAUUCGCAUUCGAAACGUCAUUUUAUGGCUUGGACAGCUGGGAUAAGCGACAAACCGAACUUUUCCGUUGGAGAGCCAUUCUGGAAGAGUAUCCGGAAUUCGACUUGUUCCUCGCCGGCAUAUUCAGUCCGUUCCUCAUCGACCAACGUCAUACCAUUGCCCCAUCGUCGAUGCAAACGAUUGGUUCGGCUCUAGCAAUGAUGGCGCUCAUUUCUUUCUUCUUUUUGCCGGAUGCGCAAUCAGUUUUCCUUAUGACAUGGUCCUUGCUGUCAAUAUCUAUGGGCGUUUGUGGUGGUUUAGCUAUGCUUGGAUCUGAUCUCGAUUCUGUCAGUAUGGGUUGCAUCGUCAUGGCCAUCGGAUUAGCUGUAGACUAUUCAGUUCACAUCUGUUAUCGAUAUCAUCGCUCAGAAUAUACCAGAGCCGCAGAUAAGGUCCGCGAUACUCUGUGCUCGGUUGCUUGGCCCAUCACUCAGGCUGUGACUUCGACAUUAUUUGGACUUUCAUCCACAGCUUUUGUACCUGCCUACCUCGUUCGAGUUUUCUUUCAAACAGUGUAUCUUGUAAAUAUCAUAGGUCUAAGUCACGCAUUGAUAUGGUUGCCACAACUGAUCGCUGCCCUGGAUCCAUGUGAACGAGUACCUUUGAGGUUGCGCUUGAAGAAGCAUUAA